AUGAACUUAAGAAAAUCUUUGGCUUAUAAUUUUUAUGGUCUGAAAAUAUGGGUGGCCUUUCUUCUUGUUUUGGUUUUCAUCCUUGGGACACAAUCUGCCACAACAGUAUCUCAAAUUCAAAUGGAAGCAACCGCCAUAUUGAAUAGUGGAUGGUGGGAUACAUCUUACCAGGAGAGGUCUGAUGCACAGAAUAAUAUCAAAAGACGUUGCGAUUGGCGCGGUAUAUUAUGCAAUGAGGAUGGAAGCAUCAAAGAAAUCAACAUGAAAAGUCCUAUUCUUGAUGCUAAAUUUUCAGCACUCAAACUAUCUGCUUUUCAAAGUUUAGAAAUUCUUGUUUUAAGUUCAAUUGGACUGCGAGGGACUGUUCCAGUUGAAAUCGGUCUCCUCUCCAAGCUCACUCAUCUUGAUUUGUCUUCUAACUAUCUUGAAGGUAGCAUACCUCCUUCAUUACAGAAUCUCACAAAACUCACUCAUCUUGAUUUGUCUUUUAAUAUGUUUAAAGGUAACAUACCUCCUUCAUUACAGAAUCUCACAAAACUCACUCAUCUUGAUUUGGCUUCUAACUAUCUUGAAGGUAACAUACCUCCUUCAUUACAGAAUCUCACAAAACUCACUCAUCUUGAUUUGUCUUCUAAUAUAUUUGAAGGUGAAAUACUUCCUUCAUUACAGAAUCUCACAAAACUCACUCAUCUUGAUUUGUCUUCUAACUAUCUUGAAGGUAACAUACCUCCUUCAUUACAGAAUCUCAUAAAACUCACUCAUCUUGAUUUGUCUUCUAAUAUGUUUAAAGGUAACAUACCUCCUUCAUUACAGAAUCUCACAAAACUCACUCAUCUUGAUUUGUCUUCUAAUAUGUUUGAAGGUGAAAUACCUCCUUCAUUACUGAAUCUCACAAAACUCACUCAUCUUGAUUUGUCUUCUAAUAUGUUUGAAGGUGAAAUACCUCCUUCAUUACUGAAUCUCACAAAACUCACUCAUCUUAAUUUGUCUUCUAAUAUGUUUGAAGGUGAAAUACCUCCUUCAAUAGGCAACUUUAAACAAUUAAAGUAUUUGGAUAUCUCUCAUAACAGCUUUAACGGUUCCAUUGCCUUACUAGGAAAUCUCACACAACUACAAGUGUUAGACAUCUCUAGCAACAUGAUUCAAGGUUCCAUUCCUCGUGAGUUGAGGUUCCUAAAAAAUCUCACAAGAUUAAAUCUAUCUUACAAUAGAUUUAGAGGUAAGGUGCUUCCAUCACUAGAAAAUCUCACAAAACUCACUACUCUUGAUUUGUCUUGUAAUGCACUUCAAGGUGAAAUAACUCAUUCACUAGGCAAUCUUAAACAACUAAAUCACUUAGACAUCUCUAACAAUUUGUUCAACGGUUCCCUGCCAUCUAACUUGGAUCAACUACCCAAUUUGCGAGUGUUAGAUUUAAGUAAAAACUUUAUCGGUGGGACCUUUCCAGUUUCCUUAAGAAAUCUUUCUCAAUUAGACAUACUUGACAUUUCCCACAAUUUACUCCUUGGCCCCCUUCCUUCCACAAUGUUCCCAUUUCUCACAGUGGACCUCAGUUACAACCAUUUUAGUGGAGAAGUCCCAUAUUCGUUUGGAAGUUUUGAACGACUUUAUCUCAACAAUAACAAUUUAACAGGAACGAUUCCCAAAUCUCUCUGUGGUUCCGGUUACGUGGAUAUUUCCUACAAUUGUUUCAAGGAUCUCAUUCCACAUUGUAGUAACAUUUAUACGAGGAACAAGGAUGAAUGUAUCAACAUUUCUUUUAACAAAUUCCAACAUGGGUCACCUCAUAAGACAAAGAAUAGAGAAAGGCAUUUUAUUGUCAUAGGAGCUUAUGGAAGUGUUUAUAAGGCACAAUUACCAUGUGGUAAAGUUGUUGCCUUAAAGAAACUUCACGGAUAUGAAGCUGAGAUUCCAUCUUUUGACGAGAGUUUUAGAAAUGAAGUGAAAAUAUUGUGUGAAAUUAAGCAUCGACAUAUUGUGAAGCUUUAUGGUUUUUGCUUGCACAAAAGAAUAAUGUUUUUGAUUUACCAAUACAUGGAGAGAGGAAGCUUGUUCUCUAUCUUAUAUGAUGAUGUAGAAGCCAUAGAAUUCAGUUGGAGAAAGAGAGUUAACUUUGUGAAAGGAGUUGCAUUUGGUUUGUCAUAUCUUCAUCAUGAUUCCCUGCCUCCCAUUGUGCAUAGAGACGUAUCUAGUGGCAACAUCUUGCUAAAUUCUGAAUGGGAGCCAAGUGUAGCUGACUUUGGCACAGCUCGAAUUCUUCAAUACGAAUCAUCCAACCGAACCAUAGUUGCUGGAACUAUUGGAUAUAUCGCUCCAGAGCUUGCAUAUACUAUGGUUGUGAAUGAAAAGUGUGAUGUAUAUAGUUUUGGUGUAGUUGCACUUGAAACUUUAGUGGGAAGACAUCCUGGAGAUAUAUUGGCAUUACUUCAAUCAACAUCAACAAAAGAUAUCAAAUUAUGUCAAGUAUUGGAUAAGCGUCUCUCACUUCCAAACAAUGACAUAGUUAUACGCGACAUAAUUCGUGUUGCGGUACUUGCAUUUGCCUGCUUAAAUCUAAAUCCUUGUUUACGGCCAACAAUGAAAAGUGUUUCGAAAAGUUUUGUCAUUGAGCUUCCACCAUUCAGCAUUCUUUUGAGUGGAGUUUCGUUGCAACAACUCAUGAGUCAUGAACUCAAGGCUUUAUUUCAUAUUGCGAAUCUUUGA